UACUACAAAGUUAUUGACUUGCAGUUAUUGUUGGUGAUGUGUCGUUUUUCCCUGUAAGCGGAUGGUUAUAACAAUUUCCCCCUCUUUUCUCUCCUAGAUAGCAUGAGACUUGCUUUCUUUUGUUGUGUUUGUGUUUGUGAUCAAGAGGCUAAAGAGCCGCACUGGGAGCAACUGGUUUUCUAGUCCUAACUUGGGUCGACCCACGUAUCGUUGGUACGGCAAAGAGGGAAAGUCUAGGACGACUGCGACGACGACGACGAUGAGGACGACGCUGCCCUUGGUGACACCAGUGUAAGGUUUCCUCCAAAUGACUGUGAUAAGACUCGAGGAAACUGUUCGUUCGGGAAGAUAAUACGGCUCCGGAAUCAGGGGAGGAAUUUCCUGCAGGAAAUUCGGAGAAAGCCGAUGUGGGUUCUUGGAUUAAGGUUGUAAGACAGAGCCGUAAUUGUAAGUCUAACCGAUGGGAUGUCAUCUGGCGAAGGUGGCAACGUUAACAAAAUAUCCGCCAUCAAGACACCAGGAAUCAUUCAAGGAACAUCAUCGGGAAUUACUCAGUUAUUUCGUGUUUUUUGCCAUCUGAGAAGACCGGCAUUUUUAAAACAUACUUGUUUAGUGGCUUCAAAGUCUUUUCAUUCUACCGUGACUCUUUAGAAUUUCGUCACAAAGUCACCUAGAAAACAUUCAUGUCAUUUUGUUCAGAUCUUUAGAAAGUACAAAACGGAAAGAAAGUGAUAAUUCGAGUACGUUCAGUGCCCAGCAUACCAAAGUCCAAAAUUAUCGUGACAAAAAACGUGAUUUUUUAAUGUCAGCUGCAGCUGUGAUCAUAAAGCUGUGAUCCCUGCUCUCCCAAGAAAGUUGGCACAUCUCCGUAUCAGCAAGUAGAAUGAUCUAUUCACCUGAAUCAGGCAGAUAAUGGCGAGGAUGGAAUCGCAUUCCUUGAGAAAGAUAAGAUUCGUCGUGUUGUUGCUCAGCUUAUACUUCCUGGCACCACCCGCGAGUGCCAUGGGUCAAAUCGAGUGCUUGUGCCUCUGCCAGAUGAUAUAUGACGUCGCCACAGCCAAUAGUUGGCAGUCCAUAACAAUCGUCUUCACAGAUGAGGAAAAAGUUUUGACUCCUCGGUGUAUUAUAACCAGCAGGCUUCUUCAGAGGCUGUGGAAGUUGGACGUAAAGGUCAACGCCCUCUAUUACAGUUCUAGUCUUCAAAAUUAUGACAUCAGACACCACAGCAAUGUCGUCACCGUUUACAACAACUCGACAGCCCAUUUGUUGAUCGAGGCAAACGAGAGCGGCGACCUCCUCAUGCCCAGCUGGCUGUUGAUAACUCCGCCUGAGACGAAGGGAGAAAUAAUUCGCCAAAUGGAGGCUUUCGAUGUCUUCAUCGACUCCAGUAUACUAGUCGCUGCUUUUGCUCAUUGCGAGGCAGAAGUUAAAAGUCCCUACCGCGUUGGUCCUAAGGGCAGAGUCAUCGUUGAGGACAUCGGGACUUGGAACUCCACCAGGGGCUACCAGGUCCGCUCGACGCUCGGUCAUUACGACAGAAGGGCUGAUUUCAAAGAGUAUCCAAUACACGGCACGGGCGUAAAAGUCUUCGAAUUCUUCACAACCUACCUGAAAAACAACAGAGUAAGCGGAUAUGUUGGCGACCUAGUAACGACGUUACAAAGGACACACAACUUCACAUUAACGUACCAGACGCUGGAAGGCUACGCCUACGGGAGCCUCGUCGAUCCAGCGAGCAACAAAUGGAACGGGAUGGUCGGGGAGUUGCAGGAGAGGAGGGCAGACCUAACUGUUUCGGAGCUGUCCGUGACGCAGGAGCGCAGCGAAAUAAUCACAUACACUCAGCCUAUACAUAUGAUCAGCCGCAAGUUAUUCGUAGCGACUCAGGAGGACUUCCAGAAGAAACUGAUGGCCUACGCGCUGCCCAUGGAAUCCAUCCUCUACGCGGCCGUGUUCCUCACCAUGGCAGUCCUCGUUAUCUUCCUGGUCAUCGCCGAGAGGGUAUACAGACGCUAUUUCCCUCAGGAGAUGGAGGGCAUCUUCCGUGCCGGGAUCUCGGAUGCAUCCUGGGUCAUGGUAUCCGCGCUUCUCCAGCAAGGAAGCGACAAGCAGCCCGUCAGUGCAGCCUCCCGUGCCAUCUUUUGGCUCGGGUACUUCUUAUCAGUCAUCGUCUACACGUCCUACUCCGCCACCCUCGUCUCCCAUUUGGCUGUCGAGCGACCCGCGUCCCUUCCUUUCUCUAAUCUCCGCGAACUCUCGCUCCAACCCGACUGGAACGCCGGGUGCAACGAAAACGAUCUUUUCCAGGUCACGGCCUCGCAAACAUGCCUCAAUUCCCAGACGGAGGAGUGUCGUGUUCUGAGAAAUGUUUGGAAUAACAAUUUCAUGCGGAACCCCGAUAAUCUUGUUUCGAGUUACACAGAAGGACUACAGAAGGUUUUAAAAGGAAAAUACGUCUUCAUCGGCGUUGGCGUAACGACCAAUAACUACAUCAGACAACUGGAUGCCCAAGAUGCCUGUAACGUCAAGGAGCUGCCUGGUAGUUACUUGACAGGAGGAAUAGCUAUUGGGCUUCAGCCUUCGUCGCCCUUCAAGAUUAUAUUUGACAGGAGUUUACAGAAGAUGAGAGAAAACGGGCUGAUGGACAAACUGGGCUUGAAGUACCUGUCGGCGAAGAGACUUUGCAGCAGCAGUACGAGCGUUUCGGCGAAGCUUCUGGACGUGGCUGCCCUGUUCCUGCUGCUAAUUGCUGGCGUUGGAUUCAGUGUGCUGUUCCUGAUCGGUGAAGUAACAAUGAAAAGGAUGUUACAGCCUGCAGCGGGCUUGGGAAGUACAGUCGGGCUCGAGUCCUGAAGAGCAGUCUUACCUUGUGAAGGUUCGUUUGGAGCGAAAAGAAAAAGGCGAAGCACAAAAUGGAAAGGAAAGUCUUUU